CCCCGGAAGCGGAAGUUCGUUCCUUUCUUGUUUCUGCUUGUUGAAGAGACGCUCACAGACAAUGGCUCCUCGUAAAGGGAAGGAGAAGAAGGAGGAGCAGGUCAUCAGUCUGGGUCCUCAGGUGGCCGAAGGAGAGAAUGUGUUCGGAGUUUGUCACAUCUUCGCCUCCUUCAACGACACCUUCGUCCACGUCACCGACCUCUCCGGGAAGGAGACGAUCUGCCGUGUGACAGGUGGGAUGAAGGUGAAGGCCGACAGAGACGAGUCGUCUCCGUACGCUGCCAUGUUGGCGGCUCAGGACGUCGCUCAGCGCUGCAAAGAGCUGGGAAUCACAGCACUGCACAUCAAGCUGAGGGCCACCGGAGGAAACAGGACGAAGACCCCGGGUCCUGGAGCUCAGUCUGCGCUCAGAGCUCUGGCUCGAUCCGGCAUGAAGAUCGGACGCAUCGAGGACGUCACUCCGAUCCCGUCAGACUCGACCAGGAGGAAGGGCGGACGUCGCGGUCGCCGUCUGUAAACUAUCGAAAAAUUUACCAACAAUAAAAGAUGGAAGUGAAACGCUGAGCUCCGAGUCUCUGUUCACACUGAUAAUUCAUCAAUAACCAGUUUAACCAGUUUAUUUCUCCAAACGUCUGGUUCCUGUUUCUCCUGAGUUCAAAACAAAUGUCAGUUACAGUUGAUCAAUAAGUGAAAUCAGUUUUUUCUUUCAGAAAUAAAAAGGUAAAUUUC